ACAUUUCUCUCAUUGUUCUGUGUGAUUCAGGAGAAACAUGGAGCAGAUCACCGACUAUCUCUGCAGGUAUAAAAACUUCAACUUUGCUGUCGGUUUCACAACUCCAGAGCACAUAGAUUCUCUCCAGAGCUUUGAAAUUCGAGAAAGCGACGUAUUCCUUGUCACUUAUCUAAAGUCAGGUACUAUAUGGACUCAACAGAUCAUCAUCUCCAUCUGUGAGUUAGACGGGGGUCUGCAUAAAUAUGCAAACAACAUGGAGCAGAUGCCGUGGCUGGAGUUCAGAGACGUACAAGAAGAUUACGCCCUACGACCCUCUCCACGGCUCUUCACCUCUCACCUCACUCCGGCUCUCAUGCCUCCAGGGCUGAAGGACAAGAAGGCAAAGAUUAUCUACGUCAUGCGGAAUCCAAAGGACAACAUCGUCUCCUAUUACCACUUCAGUAAUGUCAGUGACGACCUGGAGACUCCUAAGAGCUUUGAGGACUUCUUUGAGCAGUACCUGGCAGGCAACGUUGGAGGAUCAUCCUGGUUUGACCACAUCAGGGAGUGGCAUUCAAAGAGAGACCAGUACAACAUCCUCUUCCUGACCUAUGAGGACAUGAUCUUGGACCUGAAGGCGGCAGUAACCAAAAUCUGCACUUUCCUAGGGAAAAACCUGAGUGAAACAGCCAUUGAGCAAGUUGUGGAAAAAGCUUCAUUUGAGAGCAUGAAGAAAAACUCUAAAGCCAACUACGAGUUUCUGCCACAAGAGAAGAUGGAGGGAGACUUCAUGCGCAGAGGUAAAAUCGGUGACUGGAAGAACACCUUUACUGCCGCUCAGAGUCAAAGAGUUGAUCAACUCCUUCAGGAGAGACUCGGUGAUCUGUCUCUGAAGUUCAUCUGGGAGUAAACGGAGAAGCCACACCGACCAUAAGAUAUUCAC